CUAUCUCUCUUCUCUGCAAAUCCUCUCAACCCUCACCAUCUCAUUCGCCAACACUGACCUCUCUUGCUCUCCAACAAAUUUUCCACUAAUGGUCUCACUCUUAUCUGCUUCCUAGGCUCACUCGAUUUCGUACAGCCAUGUCAUCCCGUUUUGCUUCUGUUUUCGAUUGCUAUUUCCCCAUCUCUCCCUCUCUCUCGUCCAGGAAACCCGUCCUCAUCGGCGCUAACCACACCUCCGCUCGUUUCUCCUCCCGAUAAUCUCUUCCUCAAAAACCAUACCUUUUAUUUUCAUAGAAAAAAAAAUCCAGCUUUCAUUCAUUCAUUUUUUUUUUUGGUUGUUUUGGAUGUUUGUCUGAAAUCAAAUUCUCUCUCGGAAGGUGUUAAAUCUGCUGCGAUGGAGACUACUACUGUGAAGCCCGGCUUUCUCAGGAAUAUUCUCAUACGGUCGCUUCUGUUUGGGGUUUUCAUUAUAGUCGUUCGGUUUGCUUAUGUCAUCACCAUCGCCGGCGAGUCUUGCGACGUCGGCGACUUCUGCUUCUUCUCCCUGCCGGAGUCUCUCAACUUUGUGGUAGCCGGCGCUGGCGCUGGGGCUUUGGCCGUCGAGUCCAAUGAGGCCGUAGUUAGCCGAUCUGCGGCGCGUCCGGAGGUUUACUCGAGCAAAGAGUGGAACGAGGCCGUUCGUUUCUACUCAUCCGUGUUCAAGGAUCUCGUAUCCUAUGGCUAUCUCUCGCCAGAGUCGAAAUCUCUCUGCGUUGAGACGCCGACCGGUCGCGACGUAUUCGCAUUGAAGGAGAUCGGCGUCUCGGACUCGAUUGGGAUUGCAAAGAAAGCUUCGAAGCCACUGGUGAAAGCAGGACAGGCUCAUCGCAUGCCCUUUCGCGACAACACCUUCGACUUCAUAUUUUCCGGCGAGGGUGGGCUCGAGAAAUCGGCGCGACCUUCAGAUUUCGCCUCUGAGAUUGCUCGGACGCUGAAACCCGAAGGGUUUGUGGUGUUCCAUGUAAAGGCUAAAGAUACGUAUAGUUUCAAUUCAUUCCUUGAUUUGUUUACUAAUUUCAAAGUAGUGAAAACGCAUGAUAUAGAUGGAUUUGAUUCCUCAAUGCCUCACAUACGAGAAAUUGUUCUGAGGAAAGAGUUUGAUGGCAUUGUUCAUGAGUUUGAGAAAUUCGAUGAUGAUUCUAAUGGAAAAUGCUCCACUCAUGGGUACAAACAAGAAUUGGUCAGAAAUGCAGAGCCUUUGAUCGCUGAGGAACCACUAAAACCAUGGAUUACUUUGAAGAGGAACAUAAAGAACAUAAAGUACCUUCCAUCAAUGGUUGAUAUAAGCUUCAAGAGUAGGUAUGUUUAUGUGGAUGUUGGAGCUAGAAGUUAUGGCUCUAGUAUAGGAAGUUGGUUCAGGAAGCAGUAUCCAAAACAGAACAAGACCUUUCAUGUGUAUGCAAUUGAGGCUGAUAAAACUUUUCAUCAAGAGUAUAGCUUGAAGAAGGGAAUCACUCUGCUACCUUAUGCUGCUUGGGUAAAGAACGAAACUUUAACCUUUGAGAUUCAUCGGGACCCUGGCGAGCAAGUCGAUGUUAAGGGCAGAGGCAUGGGUAGAAUUCAGCCGUUGCAAUCAUCAUCAUUUGGUGAUUUUGAUGGCGAAGUUGAGAAAAUCCAGGGGUUUGAUUUUGCAAACUGGUUGAAGAACAGUGUCUCAAAGAAUGAUUUUGUAGUGAUGAAGAUGGACGUGGAAGGUACUGAAUUCGAUCUGAUUCCAAAAUUGUUCGAAACAGGAGCUAUUUGUUUGGUGGACGAGAUUUUCCUCGAGUGCCACUACAAUAGAUGGCAAAGAUGUUGCCCUGGGCAGAGGAGUGCAAAAUAUGAGAAGACUUAUGAUCAAUGCUUGGAGCUCUUCAAUUCUCUGAGGCAAAGUGGAGUUCUUGUUCAUCAAUGGUGGUAACCGCCUGAUAGAGAACAAGGAUGCAACAGAAAAACGAGAGAACAUGGGUUCACAUAUUUGCCAGGAUUUGGAUGCUGCUUGCCGUGAGAUACAAUGCAGAAUGAUAUGGCAGCAUGUGCCGAAAUGCACUUGCACAAAAUGAUCCAACAGGACUGUAAUAAUAGCCUCAUAGCACCCUCUGAUAGAACUGGCGCUGAAUAUAGGUGGGGUAUUGUGAUGGCAUAGAAGAAUAUUUUGAUGAAAAUUUGUCGAUUGUAGGAAGAGAGUCAAUGAAGGAAGGCUUGUGAGGUGUGUGGGGUAGGAUUAGAGGGCGUAAAGGGCGAUGGGUGGUUGAAGCACGGGAAAGAAAGCUUGUGUGGUCAUUUAUGAGGGACAGCGAAAACAGGGAGCAAAGUUGACGAUUAUUGGUUGCAUCCAAGCUGGUUUGUGCAAGAUUCCACCUCCACAUUCAUAUCAAUCACGCCCUUACCAAAGCCCAAAAGAUAUUUUCAACCAUCAUGUGGGCACAAGUAGAUAGAUAAGGCAUAAGGCUAAAAUAACAUGGGUUAUGGUAAAACUCUUGUUCUUACUAAUGGCCAAAUUUGUUAUUCCAGGUGAUACAGGUCUUUCAUAACUAAUUCACAUUUUACAUAAAAUGAAUAUGAUCUGGUCUAACCUAAGAUGACCGAGAAUAGUUCGGUCUUGAUAAAAAUUAAUCUUUCAAGAUAAAGAAGACUAGAGCCUUUCUUUCGGUUGGACUGAAUAAGAGAUUGAGCAUUUGUGCCAUUUGUUCUAAUCUAGUCUUAUAAAUUUAUUUAAUAUAAUUAUAAUUGAUUUAUUAAUUAUUAAUUAUUAUUAUUAUUAUAAGUUAAUUUAUAAUAAUAAUUGGUAAUUUUGUGUUUCAUACU